UCUUCCAACAUGGGCUGGCUGUGGAGUAGCAGCAGCAGCGCAGGCAGCCAAGACAACCUCGAUCCCUCUCUCCGCGAAUUCCUCACAAAGGAAGCCCCCACGGGCCCCAAGCCUCUACUACCAUCUGCGCCGCCCAAAGAGAAGCCUGCACAGGCACAAGCACCCACAUCGCCCUCGCCGCAAACCCAGGAACAGACCGAACCCCCGAAGCCCAGGGUCCCCCCGCAGUCUCAAUUCCAAGAUGGACGCUAUGCCCAUCUCUGGAAAAACUACACGCCCCAAGACGUCCUCAACGACCGUGGAAAGUCGGAGCAAGACCGGUUACGGGACCUAGUCGAUGCGUACAACGACCGCAAGGCCUCAAUUGGCCGAAUAGCAAUGGAGAACUGCGCGCUGGAGUACAUGGAGCAAUUCGAAUGCUUCCGACGGCCCAAGACAUGGUGGUCCAAGGGCACACUGUGCGCAGACGAGUCGCGCAAGUUCAACCGCUGCUACGAUCUGCAGUCCAAGUUUUUGAAGGCCCUGGGCUACAUGACCAUGGAUGCGCGCACCCCCGAGGAGGAUGAGCGCAUACAAAUGCACGCCGACAAGCUGUACCAGCGCAUGCUGCAGCAAGAGGCCGAAAUGGAAAAGGCAAAGGCAGAAGGCCGCCCAAUGCCCCAAUUCGAAAGCGUCUUGUCAAAAAGCAACAUUGCCCAAGCAAUGGGUGGCCCGUCCCCCACUACCAAGACUGUAUCUGCAGCAGAGCCUGGCAACCUGAGUAUUGCAGACGAAAAUGAAGUUUGGGCGCAAAUCAAGCCAGAAGCACGGAAAGAGUACGAGAAGAAGCUCGAGGCUCUGACGCCCGAGGAGCGCGAAAUCGAGAGGAUGGCCGUGGCUGGCGAGCUGAGAGCCCAGAACGGUGUCGCGAAACAGCUGGAGCAGACUUUCAUAGAAGAACGUGUGGCUCGUAUGAAGAGGAGAGAAGCUGGCCAAGCCACGUUUGGCGAUACCAUCAAGACAUUGUGGGGAUGGGGCUGAUGACAGCCAAUGCAAUGUACACGUACUUUAUGUUUUGAUAUCAUGUAACAUCACUCACGAUACAAAAGGUAGGACCGCAUUUGAAGCGGAUGAUUAGACUGUCACUCUUGCAUUGACAAAGACAUGAUGGACAAUGCAAGUUAGAAGAUC